AUGGGCUACAAGGCUGGUAUGACACACAUUGUGCGUGACUUGGACCGCCCAGGCUCGAAGUACCACAAGCGCGAGAUCGUGGAAGCUACGACGGUUAUCGAAACCCCCCCUAUGGUUGUUGUGGGUAUGGUUGGCUACGUAGAGACGCCUCGUGGUCUCCGUUCACUCACAACUGUCUGGGCUGAGCACCUCUCAGACGAGGUGAAGCGCCGCUUCUACAAGAACUGGUACCGCAGCAAGAAGAAGGCCUUCACCAAGUACGCCAAGAAGCACUCGGAGAACAAUGGCCAGUCGAUUGCCCGCGAACUCGAGCGCAUUCGCAAGUACUGUUCGGUUGUGCGUGUGCUCGCGCAUACCCAGCUUCGCAACACAAGCUUGAAGCAGAAGAAGGCCCAUCUGAUGGAGAUUCAGGUGAAUGGUGGUUCAGUCUCUGAGAAGGUUGACUUUGCAAACAACCUCUUCGAGAAGACGGUAGAUGUGAACAGCCUGUUCACGCAGGAUGAGCUUGUUGACGUGAUUGGUGUGACUAAGGGUAAGGGUUACGAGGGUGUUACUGCUCGUUGGGGUAUUACCAAGCUUCCUCGCAAGACCCACAAGGGUCUGCGUAAGGUCGCCUGUAUUGGUGCCUGGCACCCUGCUAACGUCAUGUUCACGGUGGCUCGCUCUGGUCAGGACGGUUACCACCACCGCACGGAACUAAACAAGAAGAUUUACCGUAUCGGCAACGGUGCUGACAAGGCGUCCGGUGCGACAGAGUUCGACACUACUCAAAAGUCGAUCACGCCAAUGGGUGGUUUCCCUCACUACGGUAUUGUGAAGAACGACUUCUUGAUGAUCAAGGGUAGCUGCCCUGGUGUUAAGAAGCGUGUGUUGACGAUCCGUAAGUCGCAAAAGAUCCACACCUCGCGUGAAGACGUCGAGAAGGUCACUCUCAAGUUUAUCGACACUUCGUCUAAGUUCGGCCACGGCAACUACCAGACUGGUGCUGAGCGUGACGCGUUCGAAGGCCCUAAGAAGCCUCCGGCGGUGUACUACUAA